AUGAUGGUCAGCAUCAUAAUCGACCCAAUAAAGCCUGUUGGCCCCCAGGAGGUCGUGAAGGAGCAGAUUGCAUGCAACGAGUACACAACUACGUACCAGAUGCUCGUCAAGCUGCGACCUGAUGGUCGCGGCCCACCCAAGGCGAACAAGCCCAAUGCUGAAGAGGAAUGUUUCUCUGCAGUGUCUCUUGAGCAGCUGCGUCGGCUGCUCAAGGAGAAUACGGAUGUGUUCCGUGUGGAAAUGGGCUGCGAUCCGCCUGUUAAGGUGGAGCUCCUGAAGUGGUACCCGUCUCUCCACAUGGAGUACCUCAAGGAGCAUGUGGGUGAGGUCGAACGCGCCGGUCUCGUCUACCGAAACUACCGGUCGAGAUGGGCAUGA